AUGGACAGGCGUGUCCCCUAUUCCCUGAGCGUCCUCGCUCCCAGCCAGGAUGGCGCUGAUGAAUCUCGCUUGGCCAUCCAGGCACGGCUCCGCGAGUUCAUCCUUGCCUUCCAGCUCGACAAUUCUUUCAUUUACAGAGACCAAUUGCGACAGAAUGUUCUGAUAAAGCAAUACUAUUGUGAUGUGGACAUUGCACACUUGAUAUCAUACAACGAGGAGCUUGCUCACAAGCUGACAACGGAACCUGGAGAUAUUAUUCCAUUGUUUGAAGCUGCUCUCAAACAAUGCACCCAGCACAUUGUCUACCCGUCACAACGCGACAUCACCCUCCCGCCGCACCAGCUACUUCUCCAUUCAAGCGCCUCUCACAUUUCUAUUCGGGACCUGAAUGCGACAAAUAUCUCUCAUCUUGUUAGAAUCCCCGGUAUUGUCAUCGGCGCUUCGACAAUAUCCUCAAAGGCUACCGUCAUCAGCCUCCGAUGCAAGAGCUGUGAAUAUAUGGACCAUAUCACUGUCGACAGUGGCUUCUCUGGCUUGACCCUGCCCAGACGCUGCGGCCGCCGCCCACAACCUGGAGAGCAGAGAUCUGACCCUUGUCCCAUGGACCCUUAUGUCAUCGCCCACGAGAAAUGUGACUUUGUCGACCAACAAGUUCUCAAGCUCCAGGAAGCCCCGGAUCAGGUUCCUGUAGGUGAAUUGCCUCGUCAUGUAUUGAUCUCGGCAGACCGCUAUCUAGCCAACCGAGUGGUUCCUGGAUCGCGUUGUACAGUGAUGGGCGUCUUUUCAAUCUAUCAGGCAAAGGGCGGCAACAAGGCCGCUGCUGUGGCUCUUCGAAAUCCCUACCUGCGCGCGGUUGGAAUCAGCAGCGACGUAGACCACACAGCCAAGGGAGCGGCCACCUUUACAGAGGAAGAAGAGCAAGAGUUCUUGGAAAUGAGCCGUCGGCCUGAUUUAUACGAAGCCUUUGCGCGAAGCAUUGCCCCUUCUAUUUACGGCAACAUGGACAUGAAAAAGGCUAUCGCUUGUCUGCUGAUGGGCGGCUCCAAAAAGAUCCUUCCAGAUGGUAUCAAGCUGCGUGGAGAUAUCAACGUUUUGAUGCUGGGUGACCCUGGUACUGCCAAGUCUCAGCUGCUUAAAUUCGUCGAAAAGGCAUCCCCCAUUGCCAUCUACACGUCCGGAAAGGGUUCGUCUGCGGCCGGUCUCACGGCCUCUGUCCAACGUGAUCACAAUACCCGCGAAUUCUACCUCGAAGGAGGAGCCAUGGUCCUUGCGGACGGCGGUGUUGUCUGUAUUGACGAGUUUGACAAAAUGAGAGACGAAGAUCGAGUAGCAAUUCACGAAGCUAUGGAGCAACAGACAAUCUCGAUCGCCAAAGCCGGAAUCACUACUAUUCUCAACUCGAGAACGUCGGUCCUCGCUGCUGCUAACCCUACCUUUGGUCGUUAUGAUGAUCUGAAGACACCCGGAGAAAACAUCGAUUUCCAAACGACUAUUCUGUCGCGUUUUGACAUGAUUUUCAUUGUCAGAGAUGGUCAUGACCGUGCCCGUGACGAGCGGAUAGCUCGGCAUGUGAUGGGUAUUCACAUGGGAGGCAAGGGUAUGGAAGAGCACGUUGAGGCAGAGAUUCCCGUGGAGAAGAUGAAGCGGUACAUUAGCUACUGCAAGUCGCGGUGCGCUCCCCAAUUGUCCGAGGAAGCAGCAGACAAACUUUCUUCGCACUUUGUCUCCAUCCGCAAGCAAGUACACCGCGCUGAGCUUGAUGCCAACGCUCGCUCGUCCAUUCCAAUUACCGUUCGUCAGCUCGAAGCCAUCGUCCGAAUUACCGAAUCCCUAGCCAAGCUCUCUCUGUCACCGAUCGCUACGACGGCGCACGUGGACGAAGCCAUUAGGCUGUUCCUUGCAUCAACCAUGGACGCAGUCACCCAGGGCGAAGGCCAAGGCAGCAAAGAGCUCAUGGAAGAAGUUGCCAAGGUUGAAGACGAACUUAAACGUCGCUUGCCCAUCGGAUGGUCUACCAGUCUGGCCAACUUGCGUCGUGAGUUUGUCGACGGACGGGGAUACAGUGAACAGGCCCUCAACCGAGCGCUGCUUGUGCUACAGCGGCGAGACACGGUUCAUAUUCGUUCCGGUGGAUCGCAGAUUUACCGAAACGGGGUGUAG